AUGAAAAUAUCGCUGCUUUCUCUGCUUAGCGCGGCUGGUGUUGCUAUCGCAUCUGUGACCAGCUCAGUGAAAGCACCACAGAUAGAGGUAAAGUCAAAUAUAAUAAAUGCAAUCAAUGGAUUGGCAAUCGAUGGGAAUAUCGUUAUCAAUGGAGAGACCAACACGCUGCUUAUAAACUCUAUAAACGCAGAAUCAGCCAAUUACACUUUACAAAGCAUUUCUGGAGUAUUUAAGAACGUCAAGAAUGACAAGAAGGUCAAAGAUGCUCCUAAAGUCUCAAAUAUCGGUAAAACUAUCCAAGGUGACUCUAAUACAACGCCAUACGCCUACAACUUCCCUUCCGAGUUCAAGACUGGUGAUUUGAAGCUCGAAGUUAGUCUCACAGUAAGCGACAACGAGGGCAUCAGUCAUUUGCUCGACGCUUUCGAUGGCGUGCUCACAGUCGUCGAGCCUAAGCAGACAUUCGAUCUUGAAAUGUUGUCUAUUUACGCCUUGUUGGCUGGAAUAGCUUAUUUGGCGGCUAAAUUUGUCUACGAGACCUACAUCAACCCUCUCUCUCCAGCUGAGAAAAAGAGGAAGAGCAAGGCCAAGGAGAACAUCUCAGCACCAAUACGCCCAGUCAACGUUGAGGAUGUCAAAGAAGGCGACAACGAUUGGAUGCCAGAGCUCGCAAAGCUGAAGCAGCGUAAGAAUAAGAGUGCUUCCUCAGCUGAAGAAACGAGUGGUGAUGAAGCUGGUAAGAAGGCCAAAAAGGGAAAGAAGGGCGGACGUAAGUAG